AUGAAGAUUUCCCAGUACGGGGAGAUCAACGUCCUGGUCUACAUAACGGUGAUAGUGUUUGGUGUUGGAUCCUGGGUAGCAGUUAAUGGUGUAUUGAUAGAGCUGCCCGUCUUAGUUCCUCAUCUACCAGAGGGAUGGACACUACCCUCCUAUCUGAUCAUGAUCAUACAACCCGCCAACAUAGGACCGAUCGCCGUCACCUUGGCGUACUUGAUUACCAACGAUGCCCUAAAUGAGAAGGCGGCCAUAUAUAGUGUCCUUACAAUCGGAUCUGCCGCGUGUCUGCUGCUGUCCUUCUUCUGGAAGAGCACCUCAUUCCUGGCCGGCGAGAUGCGCAGUACGGCUUUGAUGACAUUAUUCUUCUUUCUGGCUAUUGUCGACUGUACAUCGUCUGUCCUUUUCCUACCCUUCAUGUCAUUGUUCAAGGUCGAGUAUAUGACCGGAUACUUUAUAGGAGAAGGAAUGAGUGGACUGAUACCAAGUCUGGUCGCCCUAGGACAAGGUGUGGGGAAAAUAUCAUGUGAAAAUGUCUCCAUUUUUGAUACAACUAAUAAUAUUUCCUCAUUUGAAAUCCAAACCAUCUAUCAAGAUCCUUAUUUUCCAGUGGACCAUUUCUUUUUAUUCCUACCUACUCGUGUCUUCCGUACGGCUACGACGCCUACCACCUGGCAAUGA